AAACUCUUUAGUACUAACCUAUUGUGUUGUGCGUUUUGGUCAGUGCAGUGACUAUCACAAUCGCUGCGCGAGCCAAGACAGCGUCGUGACGUCAGAUAUAUGGCAGAUAGAAACUACGUAUACGACCCGGUGUCGACGGGCAACACAGUCCAGCAGCAACCAUACAGGAUGGAGCAAGGGCAGCUUUGGCGCCAAUACAUCAUCGCGGGCAUCGCCAACCUCGCGAUCGCCUCAACGGGGUACUGCAUGGGGUGGACGUCCCCCAUCAGCCCCCUACUGUCAAACCCCAACAGGACAGACGAAUCUCCCCUCACCAAUGGACCGGCUAGCAGCAACGAGAUUGCGUGGAUGGGCUCCGUGCUGAAUAUUGGCGCUAUUUUAGGACCUUUCAUCGGUGGUUUCCUCUCGUCCAACGUGGGUCGGAAAUGGGGGCUGCUGGCGUCAUUCAUCCCCCUAGUGGUGGGCUGGGUGCUAGUCAUCAUUGGCACCUCCAUGUGGCUGCUGUACAUCGGCAGAGUGUGCUGGGGUAUUGCUGUCGGGAUGCUGUUCACUAUCGGACCUAUGUACUGCGCUGAGAUUGCUACGACGGACUCCCGAGGCGCUCUCGGCUCGUUCCUCCAGCUCUUCAUCACCUUUGGUUUCCUCUUCGUGUACGGCGUCGGGCCUUAUGCGCCCUACAACGUGGUGGCUUUCCUCGGCUUGGGAGUGGUGGUGGUGGCUGCUGUGCUAUUCUUCUUCAUGCCAGAGACACCCACUUACUACUUGCUUAAAGGUAACCGCGACGCGGCAGCCGAGAGUCUGAUGAAGAUCCGCGGUAGAUCACGCGCCGGUGUCGAGGCCGAGCUCAGUAUGAUCGCCGCUGAUGUUGACGCGUCUUUGGAGAAGACUGCUACUCUGAGCGACGUGUUCAAAGGCAGCAACUUCAAGGCUUUUUACAUCUCGUGCACUCUCGUGAUGGCACAGCAGCUGUGCGGCAUCAACGCCGUGCUCUUCUACAUGACUGUCAUCUUCGAGUCGUCCGGUUUGGACAUCGCUGACAUCGCCACCAUCAUCAUCGGUGCUGUUCAGGUGGUAGCAUCAGCCAUCACACCGUUCGCGGUAGACCGGCUCGGUCGCAGGAUCCUGCUGCUCAUCUCGACCUGCGGAACUGCUGUUGGUUUGGCUCUCCUCGGCAUGUUCUUCAUCCUCAAGAGUCAGGGCAGCGACAUUGUGGACAGCAUCAGUUUCUUGCCGAUCCUGGCUCUGGUGCUCUUCAUCAUCACGUACUGCUGGGGUCUGGGACCUCUACCCUGGGCUAUAAUGAGCGAGCUGUUCCCUAUUGAGGUGAAGACUGCCGCGUCACCGAUCGUGACAGCAUUCUGCUGGAUUCUGUCUUUCAUUGUGACUAUGCUGUUCCCCAUGAUCCCGGAAGAGCUGAUGUACCUCGGCUUCUUCAUCUUCUGCGUGUGCUGCGUGUGUUCCUUCUUCUUUGUCCUGUUCGUGGUGCCGGAGACCAAGGGCAAGAGCUUCCAGGAGAUUCAGGAGGAACUCGGUGGAGGAAAAGUGAAGUCCGGCAAGGCGUAAGUCAGCCCAAGAAUAACAAGUCAGCUGCCAUACUACUAAGAGUAUUCAAAAUACGAGUUAAGGGACCAAUGUUUUGUACCUAUUUAUUGUAAGCUACGUU